AUGGCACCCGUCAAUGAAAGUCGUCCGCCGGAGAUCGGUAAACGUCAUCCCCACAAGAUAGCCCCCAACUGCACCUCCGACAACAUCUUUCCAAUCGUUAUGGCUAAUCACUCGUUGGUAUCCGUGGUGGCCAUACUUCUGGCAAUCAUCGCAAUCUAUUACCAGAAGUAUUCGAGUACUUUUUAUUUAAGUCACGACCCUAAGGUAGUGGACUCCGCACGAGACAUCACUUAUCUUGGCAGUCUAUCCCCUGCUGGAAUUGAACAUUUCCAGAACAUCUUCUACGCAGAGGAACCCACGGGGCUGCGACGUUUCGCAGCGCCGGUUCCAAUGAGACCAGCGAAUGGGUCAGUCAUUGAUACCACCAGGGCUGGUGCCUGGUGCCCGCAAGGAAUGGGGGACAUACUUCCGUUCACGAGUAGUGUGACCAAUAUUAGCGAAAACUGUCUGAGCUUGAGAAUUGCGAGACUAGCACGUACGCAGAAAGAUGCGAAGCUUCCGGUCGCGGUUUGGAUCCAUGGGGGUGGCCAUGCUUUGGGCUCUGCGUCCGAUGUUCUCUACGAGCCUGACGGCUUGGUAAAGCUGGCUGCUGCUGAUGGGUUGCCUCUGGUAUACGUGGGCAUAAAUUACCGCCUGGGCUUAUUUGGCUUUGCAACUGGCGAAGCAUUUAUUGAGAGGAAAGACACAAAUGCAGGGCUUCGGGAUCAGCGUGCUGCUUUGGAGUGGGUUCGUGAUAACAUUGAGUCAUUUGGCGGUGACCCUAACAGAGUGACUGUUAUCGGCCAAAGCGUAGGGGCUAGUGACAUUGGUCUGCAGCUAACUGCCUUCGACGGCCAUCAAGCUGUUCCAUUUCAGCAAGCGGUAAUGAUGUCUGGUGGUCCAGGGCUGAACUUCAACAGCCAGCCAGACCUGGUUGCGAGUCACACGGCUGCCAUUGCACAACAAGUAGGAUGCGGCGGUGGCAAAGAUUCGCAGACACUGAAAUGUCUUCAGAGUGUUCCAUUUGAACAACUGACCAAUCUAUCCGUGGCUGCAUCUCGGGCAGCCCGUCCACCUUUCGGCGAAGCGUAUUUCUACCCAACGAUCGACGAUGACUUCAUUCAAGAUAGGCCCUCGGAGUUGACACGUGCAGCAAAGUUUGCCAAGGAAGUACCUAUUAUAGCCUCCUGGGUGUCAAAUGAUGGCGCCUGGUACGCACUGCCGUCAAUUACAACGGACGACGAAGUUCUGGCGAGUUUUGGACUAUGGCUGCACAAGAUUUCUGGAUCCACGAAAGAGAAACUCCUACAACUGUAUCCUCUGGAGGACUUUGAACACAUGAUCAAAUCAGAGCACGAGGGACGACUUUCUCCGCAGUACUAUCGCGCUGCACAGCUGAACCGCGACAUCUGGUUCACCUGCCCUGUCCUUGACUUUACGUGGCAGUACGUCAAAAAUGGGGGCGUGAAAGCCUCCCAGGUGCGGCUAUAUGAAUUCAACGAAACCAGAUACAUGCCAGUCUUCGAUUCCAUGGGUGUAUCGAUGUGGGGUGUCGCUCACCUCAGCGAUAUCCCCUACCUAUUCUACAACGACCACCUAGGGGCUGGGGCAGAUAACUCGGACGCACAGCUUGCGUUGGCUAGAUAUUUCAGCCGGAAGAUUAAUCGGUUCGUGCACGGAACUCCUGGAGGGGCGGACGAUAGGUUUCACUCAUGGCCGCCUGCCUUCUCGAAAGACUUUUCAAAAGCCUCAACGGGGGACGUACCUAGUCAUAUCUCAGUGCAGCUUUUUGGUGGCCCUCAUAGCUCGGAGUCCAUUACAUGUAGCGAAGGAUCUGGGGCCGACAUGGGCAUCAUCACCGACGCAGAGAAUGCGCUUCAUUGGGAAAAGUUGUUCAGUCGGUGUGCUUUUCUCAAUGGAGAGCAAUUUAGAGAAGAAGCAGGGGUGUGA